ACCCCAGAUGGUAUAGAAUUUGCUAGACAAAGAACCUUCACCUUAAAGCAUUUAUCAAAGGGUAUAGCUUCUUCUUUUCGUUAUUUUUGUCCCUUUUCACAUGUCUUGGGCAGUGAUGGCAGGAUUCUUGGGUGGGGCUAUUAUUGAAGAAGGCUGGAGGAAAGGUCCCUGGACAGCUGAAGAAGAUAGGCUGCUUAUUGAAUAUGUCAGGUCACAUGGUGAAGGCAGAUGGAGCUCUGUUGCUAGGCUUGCUGGGUUGAAGAGGAAUGGAAAGAGUUGCAGGCUGAGGUGGGUGAAUUAUUUGAGGCCAGACCUUAAAAGAGGCCAAAUAACCCCUCAUGAAGAGGGUAUAAUUCUUGAGCUGCAUGCGAAGUGGGGAAACAGGUGGUCAGCAAUUGCAAGAAGCUUGCCUGGAAGAACUGAUAAUGAGAUCAAGAACUAUUGGAGGACCCAUUUCAAGCAAAAGGCCGAACUAUCAUCAGAUAACUCUGAUAAGGCAAAAACUCGACUGCUGAAAAGGCAACAAUUCCAGCAGCAGCAGCUACUGCAACAACAACAACAACAACUGCUGCAACAGCAGCAACAGUUACAAUUGAAUCAAUUCGACAUGAAAAGGAUCAUGUCUUGGCUUGAUGAAACUGAACAUAGAGCUCCAUAUGUGCCACAGCUGAAGCAAGAAAGGGCAGCUACAUCAUACCCCAACAUGACAGAGGAACAAGGCUUGUUCUAUCCCAUGAUCAAUGGCAAUGUUUCUGGUAGUGAUACCUCGAGCGAGGAAAUUCUUUGGGAUGGUUUAUGGAACUUGGAUGAUAUCCAUGGAAAUAUUGGAGCGGCAUGUGCAACAAGCAAAGUUAGUUUGCACAGUCUAGUGACCCCUUUCUGUUAAUUUCUUUGCUGAGUACCUAGUAUUACUUUUGAUCAUCAUCAAAUGAGAAGGCUCUUAAAUCUGAAGCCUGAGAUUGAUGAUCAAGAUGUGAAAUUUGAGUUACUGUUUCGGGGCAUCAUUAUGGUGGGAGCUGCACUGAUCACACUCUCAAACAGGCUCAAACAUUAUACUUUAUGAAGAUCCUUUAUCAGUACAAUCACAGCUAACCCU